UUGAUGCCUCAGAUCGAAAGAACCCAAUAAGCUCAAGAUGCGCGCCUUUAUCGUUCUCUGCUUGGUGGCAGUCGCUUGCGCCGAUAAGCUCGGCUACAACUACCAGCCGGUGGGCCACUCCAGCUCCGGCUUGUCCUUUGCUCCUGGAAGCGGAAGCAUUGGAGGUGGCUCCAUUGGAGGAGGAAGCCUAGGAGGUGGCUCCCUGGGAGGUGGCUCUCUGGGAGGUGGUUCUAUCGGAGGUGGAAGCAUUGGUGGUGGUCUAGACUCUGGCCUUGGUGGUCUGAGCGGUCUGGGUGGUGGUGAUUCCUUGAGCGCCCCCGUCUCCUACCAAGCCCCCGCUGCCACCGGUGAACUCGAGAAGGAGUUCUUCACCUUCUCCGCCAACGAGCAGGACUUUGAUGAGCCCCAAGAGUUGGAGCGCGUCGCUGGAUCUGUGAACAAGGGACUCCGUGUCGUCUUCAUCAAGGGACCCGAGAACCGUGGCCUGGAGAACGCUGCCCUUGCUCUGGCCAAGCAGGCUGCCCAGCAGGAGACCGCCAUCUAUGUCCUGAACAAGCAGGCUGACAUCGGAGAUCUGGCCAGCAAGCUGAACGCCAUCCGCAGCAACAACAACAACAAGCCCGAGGUGCAUUUCGUCAAGUACCGCACCCAGGAGGAUGCUGCCAACGCCCAGCGCGCCAUCCAGGGACAAUACGACCAGCUGGGAGGAUCCUCCCAGGCCCAUGAUGGUGGUGUGGCCAAGGCUCUGAACUUCGCCUCUGCCGGUCCCGUGCAGAAGGCCCAGGCUCAGAUCCCGGAUAACGCCUACCUGCCCACCUCGGUGUUCCGUCGCCUGCGCUUCUAG